AUGGCCCUUGUCGCGUACUCAGACUCCGAAGGGUCCGAUGACGAGCAACCACAACCACAAACGAAAGCCGAAAAGCCUGCAUCGAAAACGGCCACCACGCCCUCCAACGUCAAUUUCACAGUCAACAAAGCAAACCCGAGGAAGAUCCAGGUGAAACUCAAUGAGGUGGCUACAAAUGGAGAGGGUGACGGGGAACCGGCUCCAAAAAGGCCUCGUGUUGGCGGGGGUGGUUUCAACGCGAUGCUCCCUGCGCCGAAACGAGACAACGAGAUAAAAACGGCGCCGACAGCAACGACGAGGAAAGUAUUCAGUCUAAGGACUGGCGCUGAGCCUGCUUUCAGUCGAGAAUCAGACGCGGAACUGCGGCACUUAUUCGCAGAGCAAGAGACGGACGGCACUCCAGCACAAAGAAAGGAAGAUGACACCAUAUCACCGAUGCCCAAGAGAGCGAGUCCUACAGCAGAUACGCCAAAAGAGCAGCCUGUCAAAGGAAAUCCGUUUAUGUUCAAACCUUUGUCUGUGGCGCGCAGCAACAAGAAACCAAAGCGUAAGGCCGACGCAUCUAGACCUGCGAGCUCAAACGCCCCCGCCAGCUCAACCGCGCCUCUGUCUGCCUCUUCCAACUAUACCACAGUUGAGCCUGUCAGGCCUGAUUUACCGCCAAAGAAAGUGAGCCUGUUCUCUAUCACCAACGAGCCAGAAACAGUGGUGCAAGUCGAGCCUAGACCAGACGAAGACGAGAUUGUCGAAGUUCUGGACGAACCCGUUAGCGAUGAGACUUACUCUACGUCCCUCGGAGCACCCACUGAAGCAUCCAGUCAUGCUCAGCCACAAUCUCUAGAUACGAUCGCUUCAGACCUGAACCUUUCCAAGGCAGACAGGCGGCAGCUCUUCGGACGGCGAGGGCAGGGUACAGCUUCAGCGAUCAAUGUGGUGAACUUCAACACAGACCAGGAAUACGCAGCGAACGAGGCCUUGCGUGCCAGUGGCGAACAGGCCCAGCAUAAUCCAGUCCGAACCAUUGCUCCAGGAAAGCAUAGUUUGAAACAGUUAGUGACAGCUGCCACGGGGCAGAAGGAGGCUCUGGAAGAAAGCUUCGCUACGGGUAGAAGGAACAGGAAAGAAGCUGGGAGCAAAUACGGAUGGUGA